AGAUGGCGUCGGUCUGUAGCAGGAAUGCCGCAGCUGCAACAAGCUGAAGGGAUUUAAUUAAUCUCCCAGCCGGUGGAGUGCUCCACUUCUCUUCACUGUGGAAAGACUUGAAUACUUAGAACCAUAAAAUGAUUCUGUUAAACCCUCUGUACGUCUGGUAAACGCUGAAAAUGUCCCCCGGCUAAAAAUGGUAGCCCUUUCCUCCGAGAACAACAGGAGCUGUUGCUGUGGAGCUCCGGAGCCGCAGGAGGAAUUUACACCCGGGGCCGACGCGCUAAUGGCGGACUGAGUGGUCAUGGAAACGGCGAAGGAGAACGGAGGCUCGUUUUCCGUGGACUUGAACGAUAAUGAAGAGGAGAGCGGAGGAGGAGCGGUGAAACCGGGUCACAGACCCUACACCGCACUCAAAGACCGCAGCUUAGCGCUGCUCGCCGGUGUCAGCGGGGGUCAGGCGGCUGUGAGGAACCGGAGCUAUGCGACCAGAACCGAAAGGAAUGUAAACAGUGACGACCCGGAGAUGCCGGUGUCUGCAGACGGGCGCCUCACCGGGCGGUUUGCUCACAGCUGUAUAAUUUCGGGGGGUUGUGGAGGCCUGAACGGAUUUUCUGAGUCACUCGGUCCGGAUGAUCUGGAAGCAGAGGGGGGAGGAGGGGGGCUGGCUUCCUGUCCAGCUGUGCUCGGGGAUCUGAUUUCCUCACAGAUGCUGCAGGAGGAGGAAGGAGGAGAGACCCCGGAGUGUUUUGCCUCAGGAGGCUGCAUCAGAACUUCAACUCCCCGUGACCGGCUGUCAUGUCCGGCGAAGCUCCAGCAGAUCUGCUCCGAGGUGGGUCUCUCCUGCCCGCGUGCAAACAUGCCCAACGGGGUCGUUGACAGGCCGGGACGUGGAAGUCCUGAGGGGGACAUGAAGCUGCUGAUCCUGGGCCAGAAACUCGGUUUGUGCGACGGCGAGGAAGUGAAAGUAGCCAACGGUGGUUUGCACAUUUUUAACCCCGCCUGUGAGUGGACCGGUUCGGGAUUUAACCCGGCAAACAGAGACUCUGAGACCAGGCAGGGGGAAGAGCCCGGGUGGGGUCAGAGCGACCUCAGCGGGCAGUUGCACCUUCAGGAGCAGGAAGCAUCACCUGCUGCUGAGCCUCCUCACUCUCCAACCCCGGAAUCAAGUGCCAACCCCCCCUCACCCUGCCCAUCAAGCCCCUUCAAUGUGAACCGUGGCAGCACCCAGGAGGAGAAUUUCAGGGACCUGUGUCCCCCCAUCAGACCUCAGAGUCUCAGGACUAACCCCAACAUCUCCGUGUCCCUCAGCUGCGACGCCACCCCGCUGUCCCCAGAUGAGGACAUGGGGUUUUACUUUGAGCAGGAGGGGUAUGAGGAAGACCUGCGGACGGUUUUGGACUCAGGUCGGCGGCAGAGCGCCCCAGACCCCCUAAGCGAACAAACCGACUGCCAAGACCACAAGGUGAUGCCCAAGAGGUUCGGCAUAGCUGAUUUCUUCACCAGGAGUCUGUUUUCUAGGAAAUCCAAAGAGCCCAAGGCAACUUCCCACAAUGCAACAGGAUGGAGACUGUUUGGCAAGACAGCAGAACGAGAGGAUGAUCAAAGCAAAGAGGUCUCCUCCCUGUCAACCCCUCAGCAGGAGGAAGUGAGGGACUCUGAUGUGUCCUCGUGUCCUCAGCGCCCCACAUCUGCAGGAAGAAGGAAGAACCUGGAUUUUGAGCCUCUGUCUACCACAGCCCUCAUCUUGGAGGACCGACCUGUGAAUCUGCCUGCCAAGUCUGUGGAGGAAACUCAGAGACACAAACUGGAGUAUGAAGAGAUGGUGGCAGGAGCCAAGAGGAGAGAGAUGAAAGAAGCUCAGAAGAAGAAGCGUCAGAUGAAGGAGAGACAUCGACAGGAGGACAGCAUCUCCAAUGCCAUGGUCAUCUGGAACAACGAGAUCCUGCCUCACUGGGACACCGUGAAGGGAACGAGACGGGUCAGAGAGCUGUGGUGGCAGGGACUUCCUCCUGGUGUCAGAGGACGUGUGUGGAGUCUCGCAAUUGGCAACGAGCUCAACAUCACACCAGGGGGGUCCAUACCACGACCUGCUCCACAGCGUGCUGGGGGCCUACACCUGUUACAGACCUGACAUCGGCUACGUCCAGGGAAUGUCUUUCAUCGCUGCGGUUCUGAUCCUGAACCUGGAGGAGGCUGAAGCCUUCAUCACCUUCGCCAACCUGCUCAAUAAACCGUGUCAGAUGGCCUUUUUCAGAGUCGACCAUGAUCUUAUGUUGAAAUAUUUUGCAGCCUUUGAGAUUUUCUUUGAGGAGAAUCUACCACGUCUCUUCAACCACUUCCAAACCAACAACCUGACCCCUGACCUUUAUCUGAUCGACUGGAUCUUCACUCUGUACAGUAAGUCCCUCCCUCUGGACGUGGCGUGUCGAGUCUGGGACGUUUUCUGCAGAGACGGGGAGGAGAGUUUGUUUCGGACGGGGUUGGGCAUCCUGCGUCUGUAUGAGGACGUCUUGAUGCAGAUGGACUUCAUCCACAUUGCUCAGUUCCUCACCCGCCUCCCCGAGGACCUGCAGCCCCAGACCCUCUUCAGCUCCAUGGCAAACACUCACAUGAUCAGCAGGAACCGCCGCUGGGCUCAG